AUGAGCGGGGAGCAGCGUGACAAGAUCUCAAGCAGUCAGCCCCCUUCUUGUCUGCACCCACUGUGCCGUCCAGCCAGCACCUCUGGCUCUCCAGGCACGUGUCUUCCUCACAGUCCUGUGAGGGUCUCAGUGACGGGAUCCCUCCUGGCACAGAACUUUGUCAGUGCCUGCACAUUGACAAGUGUCAGAUUCCCCUGUGAACCUUUGGGAUUUGCUACUUUAACCUUUCUGAAUAUUGUCCAGCCCUUAGGAACUUUCUUUUUUAGGAGAUACCGCCUGAAGGCCGAGACCGAAGCGCAGAAAAACUGGGCCCAGAACUGGGGAUUUUUAACAACCCCUCUCGAGGAGUUGAUCGAGUGUGAAGAUGGACCCCCCGCCCCAAAGCCCAGGAUCGAGCUUCCCCAGAGGUUCCACAUCCGGCCGUUGACCCCCGUGGAGAAAUAUAUCAAGGUCCUCCCCUCGCCCCCAGUUCCGAAGACCACGCAGGGCUUCAUCGGCUGGCGGUCAGGGGUGCCGGGCCUGAACAAGUGCCUGGAGUACGGAUCGGAGAUCAGGAGCUGCAAGGGUGCCUUUGCCAGGGAGCUCGACUGGCCGAAGCAGGGCAUCCACUGAGUCCAGCCCUGGGGCGGCGCAGGGUGGACUGCCAGGCACCGGCGCCCACGCCCAGGAAAGAAAGCUCCCAGGGCAAGGAACAGAGAAUAGCCCUCUGACAUUGUCAAUUUAUCAAUAACGCCCUUCCAGAACAUUCUCAUAACACUCAUUCUUGGCUACUGUAAUAAAUAA